GCUUGACAAUAGUACGUUAUUGUGAUGAAUUCACCUUAUAAUAUUGAAUUUUGGAAUCUUCCAUGGUUGUUGACGACAUACGUAGUACGCACAAUCACGAUUUAAAAAAUCGUACAGCACCAUCUUUGUUCCUUAGUCGAUUGAUGAUUGGUCAGUGAUAACAGGGAAAUCGAUGAUAGCUGUGUGUAUAGGCUUGUGUCGGUUUUGAUCGUAACGGGAAAAAUGGGCAUAAAUUGUACGAAAAGCCCGAAAGUAAAACCUCAACAUAAAAAUCAACAGGUAGAAAGUGGGACACCAGCUGCUCAGUCUGGUUCACUUCCUAGAGAAGCUGAUUCUGAAAGAAAACCAACAGAUACAGGAAAAGAUGCCAAAGAAAAUUCUAAACCAACAUUGGAGGGUGAUGAGGAUGAAGAAAUUAAAGAAUACAUGCUAUGCCAGUCUGAAGAUUUACAUGAAAAUGAGAUGAAAGUGUUUGAAGCUGGUGAAAAGCAAGUAUUAGUUGUGAAGGAAAAUGGGAAGGUUUAUGCAAUGGGGGCAAAAUGCACCCAUUUUGGUGCCCCAUUGAAUUCAGGCAUAUUUUGUAAAGGAAAAGUUUAUUGCCCUUGGCAUGGGGCAUGCUUUAACUCCAAAACAGGUGACAUUGAAGAAUUCCCAGCUUUGGAUCCCAUACCUGUGUAUCCUGUUAAUAUUGAUCCAACUACCAAUGAGGUUAAAGUCACUUUAAGAAACAAUAGCCACCUUAACAGUCAGGGUGCAACAAAGACACUCUGUAAGGCUUCUGAAGACAACAAUAAAAUGGUUGUCAUUAUUGGAUCAGGUGCGGCUGGUCAUAGUUGUGCCGAAACCCUCAGACAAGAAGGAUUCAGCGGAAGAGUUAUUAUCGUGACUAAGGAUGAAGCUCUACCUUAUGAUCGUACCAAGCUGAGCAAAGCAAUGAAUUUGGAAGCAAAUAAGCUUUCUUUGAGAUCCCAUGAAUAUUAUUCGAAAGGCGAUAUCGAAUUCGUCCUUAACGUCAGCGUUCAAGGCGUGGACGUGGAAGCUAAAUCAGUACUUCUAAGCAAUGGUGACAUUUUAAAAUAUACUUAUUUGGUUAUUGCGACUGGAGGAAGACCAAGGCCUAUACCCUGCCCAGGAACCCAUCUAGGAAAUAUUUUUCUACUUAGGACACCUAACGAUGCAAACCAAAUCGACGCAUUUGCAAACAAUAAAGAAGUUCAUGUCGUGAUUGUCGGAACGUCCUUUAUCGGAAUGGAGGUUGCUGCUUAUCUAGUAGACAAAGCAGCGUCUGUCACGGUGGUGGGAAGGAGUUCCACUCCAUUUAUUCAUGUUUUCGGACCGUUGAUUGGUAAGAGACUGCAACAGUUCCAUGAAGAGAAAGGUGUUAAGUUCAUAAUGGAUGCUGAAGUGGGGGAACUGCUCGGAAAUGAGGAAGGCAACUUAACGGAAGUGUGUCUGACAUCCGGUCGCGUUUUAAAGGCUGAUAUACUUGUUGCUGGACUAGGAGUUUUACCCAGUACAGAUUUCCUACGAGAUUCUGAAAUUAUUCUCGAUAGUAGAGGAUUCGUACCAGUUGACGAACGCUUGAGAACCAAUUGUUCGGAUGUUUAUGCUGUCGGCGAUAUUGCGUCGUUUCCUUUGCGAGCAAAAGAAGAGUGUGACGCUAGAAAACUCGUAAAUAUUGGUCAUUGGCAGAUGGCGCUUCAUCAUGGCCGUACUGCAGCGCUCACUAUUUUGGGGCUAUCGCAACCCAUAAACGAAACAACGGUCCCUUUUUUCUGGUCGUCUAUGUUCGGAAAAAGCGUGCGCUAUUGUGGCUACGCACCAGAUUUUGAUGAUGUAAUAGUGCAUGGUGACAUAGAUAACCUUAAAUUUGCCGCUUUUCUUUGCGAUAAGGAAACAGUACUAGCUGUUGUUACUAUGAACUGUGAUCCGUUGGCAAUCCAGUUUGCUGCUUUGUUAAGACAGCAGAAAAGUCUACUGAAGUCGGAAGUUAUCAAUGAUCCACAAAGCUGGACAACCAUGUUACAGGAACCAUGAAUUAAUUCAAUUGAGAAUUUUAAAAUUAUUUGAAAAAAAUUUUAUGUUUUAUUCACUAAAUACAAAUGACAUUGAUGUUGA